CCUCCGUUGUCCGCUUGCUCGCUCGAGAACGCCCCUGACGCCGAUGCCACACCUCGACAUCCUGCGUCACCAUCAGGACCCGGCCCUGCGACGCUGAUUCGACCCCUUCUUCACCCAUCCAGUCGCUCGUUUCCGCUCUCGCGCCACCCUAUCCUACGCACUCCCCGCGGCUUGCGCGCCUCCGCCGUCGCCUCUAUACUGGCCAUGGCAGCCGCCGUGGCUUCGCCGCCCGUGACCGCGGCUGGUUCUUCGCCUAAGAUAGCCUCCAAAGACGGAGUGCCCUCGUCUGACCGCAUACCCACUCCGCCCACCAGCGAAGACAUGAACAAGCAUGAAGACGAUUCAUCUGACUUAUCCGACAUUGACGAUAUUGAUGGAGACCUGGACGACAUUAAGCCGGAUCAUUACUGGGACGGUGAGAAUGGGGGAAAGAUACCCGUUUUCAAACCGACUAUGAGUCAGUUCCGCGACUUUGGCAAGUUCAUUGCGGCCAUCGACGGCUAUGGUAUGCAGAGCGGCAUCGUCAAGGUCAUUGCGCCUCAGGAAUGGCGCGACUCCCUUGGCCCUCUCGACGAAGCCGUCAAGAGUAUUCGUGUCAAGAAUCCCAUUACCCAAGAAUUCGCUGGCACUCACGGCACGUACACGCAAGCCAACAUAGAGAAACAACGUUCGUAUAACCUUCCACAGUGGAAGGCACUCUGCGAGGAGAGCAACCACAGAACCCCCCCAAGAAAAGGCGACCGCCGCAAGGAAGCGGACGCAGCCAAGGCCGCCAGACCUCCACGUUCUGCUGCCGCCGCAACAUCGAACGACGGAAGUAAACGCAAACAAGGUCGAGCUCGUCGAGCUGCUGUCAAGGAAGAAGAUGUGCCUCAAGACAGCAUAGAGAGCGACACCCCGCAGGUACCUCCCACGCCAACAUCGCCCAACCAAGGUCAGGACGGGGAGGAAGUGGAGGCGAACCACGCAUCAGACGACAAGUCGGACAUCAAAGCACGUGGUAGGGCACGCAAAGGAGCAGGACGGAACUCAACGCCAAAGUCAACUGUUGUGAGCAAUGGUCGUCAGCCAAGAGCCACUAAAGACGUAAAGAAAUCGGUAGCCUCGCGCCGACUCCAUAAUCAGUCCGAGACCUGGGAAGUUGAUGAAGAGGCUUUCAAGGGGUUCAAUUACCGUCUCGAGAACGUCGAGCAGUUUGACGUUGAGCGAUGCAAGGAGCUCGAAGAAACCUACUGGAAGACAAUCAAUUUUGGUACACCCAUGUAUGGCGCGGAUAUGCCUGGCUCACUAUUCAAUGACUCGGUGACAAGCUGGAAUGUGGCCCACCUGCCCAACCUGUUGGAUGUGCUCGGCACCAAGGUGCCUGGGGUCAACACCGCUUACCUUUAUCUCGGCAUGUGGAAAGCUACUUUUGCCUGGCACUUGGAGGACGUCGACUUGUACAGCAUUAAUUACAUCCACUUUGGUGCUCCCAAGCAAUGGUACAGCAUCAGCCAAGCCGACGCUCGCAAAUUCGAGAAUGCGAUGCGAUCUCUUUGGCCGCAAGACUACAAGCACUGUGACCAAUUUUUGCGCCACAAGACGUAUCUCAUCUCUCCCGACAAGCUUAAGUCACAGUUUGGAAUUCAAGUCAACCGACUUGUUCAUUACGAGGGUGAGUUUGUGAUUACAUAUCCUUAUGGUUACCACUCCGGAUUCAAUCUCGGUUACAAUUGCGCCGAGUCCGUCAACUUCGCGACAGAGGAUUGGCUUAACUAUGGGCGCAUAGCGAAAAAGUGUUUGUGUGAAGCGGACAGUGUUUGGGUUGAUGUGAACGAGAUUGAACGCAAGCUACGCGGUGAACCGACCCCGGAGUACUACGAGGUCACCGAUGAUGAAAGCGAUGACGAGGAAGAAGUACUGCCAACUCCACCCCCAAGCUUGAAAGGCGCAAAGAGCACUGCGGCCAAGAAGCGCAAACGGCCAGCCAAAGAAGCCAAGAGCGCCGAGAGCCGCAAGACAAAACGAAUCAAACUUCGCAUUCGUACAGCGGGCAAAGAGCCUUGUAUUCUUUGUCCCAAUGAGGCAGCUUGGGACCAGUUGCUGUUUACCGACAAUGGUAAACAGGCACAUCUCACGUGCGCACGAUACACACCAGACGUGUAUAUCCGACAGGAUCCUGCGACGGGUAAGGACAUGGCUUGUAACGUCUCACACAUCGAUAAGGCACGACUCGACCUCAAGUGCAACUAUUGUCGCUCAAAGAAGGGCGCAAAAGUCCAGUGUGCUGCAACAAAAUGUACUCGUAGCUUCCACGCGACUUGUUUGGCGUCCGCUGGCGUUCUGGUCGACGAGGGACCUGUACCUACAUGGGACGAGCAAGGCGUGGAGUAUUUCGAAAUUGGUCAGGACUUCCGAUGCCGGUUCCACCGACCACGACGGCCCAAAAAUCAUGACGGCAAGCUAGGUGAGAGUCUGGAAAAUAGCAAGCUCAUUAACAAGUUCGCACGAAACCUGGAGAAGGGUACGCUGAUCCAAGCGCAAACUCUGGACAGUGAUAUUUUCGCUGGCGUGGUUGUUGAGAACCGACCAAGCGAAUCAACCGUAGUUAUUGCUAUCGAGCCAGAAGGGCUUGACUUGGUCGAAGUUGAGUAUAAAUACAUUCUUGUCCUAGAUCCAGAACAAUCUCAGCGGCCGAAACCCUCUCCCGACGCCCUUCCCCUACCCGAUAGGAAGAAGCUAGACCGCAGUGAAUUCAGUACAGGCAACAGGCAGGAUGGCGUGCCUUCGAAAGGCGAUCCAUUCAUGGAUCCGGAAGCCGAACAGGUUUGGGAAGAGUUCAACGCCGUACAUCGCUCUGAGCUCAAGAAUCCGGCUCAAAAGAAUGUCAACAUGUCCAAUCCUGAGGGCGUGUGGUAUUAUCUCGGGAAGGGAAGCACGGACGCGAAGGCACAGUUCACGCACGACCUGGCCAUACAAGUACACAAUCCGAAGAGUAACUUCUUAGACACAGUCAGAGAACUGCCUCAAAGAGUCAACUACACGCCUCAGCGAACCGGCUUUGGAUCACAUGGUGUGACCUACGUGCCUGGACCGAAUGGUGUUGGCCUUGCCCAGCGACCCCCACUGCAACCGCGACCCAGCACGGACAAGCCAUAUCAAUAUAAACCGAAACAAGAGGUGCAACCGAAUAUCUUCAAGGCAACCUUCACAUGGCACUCGAGCACUAGCGGACCCACUCAGCAAUUUUCGAAAUUUGCCUCCUCAACUUACACACCGUCCCCAGUAUCAAAACUAUCACAACAAUCUUCUACUACGCCUCCAACAAGGCCCCACUAUUCUCCUCCAGGUGCUUCGUACUUGCAGUCAAAACCAGGUCCGGUUGUGGGAAAUAACGCGUCAUCUGUCGGUGGGGGCACCAGCCUGUAUCAGCAGGCGGAGAGACGCUACUCCCAUCAACAAUCAUAUCAACAUUUCGCCGCUUCAGGCCCAACACCGACACUCACUCGUAGCCCAGCUGUCUCCAUAUCAUCUACUUCAGCGGCGUCUAAAAGUGUACCAAAGACCAAAUCCGUCGAAUACAUUGAGCACAUAUCGAAAUACCCGUACUUACGAAAUGCAUACGCAAGAAGACCAGAGAAAUAUUGUAGCCCGUACGCGAACAGCUUUGGAUUUGGUGCUGAAUACGAGAUGAAAUUGCAACGUGGUUUGGCAGCCCGCACAUAUGCCGCGCAGGCGAAGGCCGAAACUGCGGGAAGAUCGACUUAUUGUCCCAAUGGAGGCACACAGCAAUUUCCACAAUAUCAAUCCUCUCAGGAUUUCCAACAGGUCUUGUCACGUGAAGAUGAGAGCGCUCGUCCUUGCGCAGGCUCUGGCUGGACACAUCCUUUGGAAAAGAUUGGUCCUUCCGCGAAGCCGCAAAUCUCAACCAAGGAGCAGCACGAGCAGGAGAAUGAUUCGAACACGCCGCCACCCAUCGCCGCCUCUUGCCCUGGAUUCGGUAUAUUAAAGGCUGAGGAGUCAAUACCAAAAGAUCAUGAUCCUUCGCUGCAAGUUUCCCUUGCAAAGAUGCGAAAAACAUCGGAACCGAGCCCAGCAAGACCUGAUUACAGUCCUAUUAGCGAAAGUGCUACCCCUUCUCUUACAGCGGACGUAAAAACUCCUAUUGGAUUGGGGCUCAAUGGGAUCUCAUGAGAAACAUCGGUUUAAGCCGUGAUGCACAGAGAGUCGAAACUAUACCUCAUUCACGAUGUAGCCUUUUUGGCAUUCCUAGUUUCUUUUGCUUCUCGUUUGCUCCUAGGAUUUUACGGCUCGCGAAUGUCUCGGCUCUGUAUAAUGGGAAGGACGCGUAAACGAGGACAUACAAGGCGCUUGAUACUGGCUAUUUCUCUGUACAAAUAUUCCUGAAUAGAAUUGUAGCCCACUAGGUUUCAAUUUUCUGUCUUUAUAGAAA